AUGGCUGGUACUGGGAAAUCAACCAUUGCCCUGACUAUUGCCCGGGAGCUGAAUGAAAACCAACGACUGGGGGCGAGCUUUUUCUUCUCUAGAGGUGAAGGUUAUUUUUCAUCAACCGCAAAGUUUGUGGUGACAAUAGCGGCCCAAAUUGCAAAGCUGUGUCCAGCCAUCAACAAGUUUAUUGAGGAUUCAGUGUCCGAACAUCCACGUCUGGAAUCUCUUGGCUUGUAUGACCAGUGGGACAGGCUCGUUUUACAGCCACUAUUGCGGAUGCCUGCUGAUGCAUUUCCGAAAACGCUUAUCAUAGUUAUCGAUGCACUGGAUGAGUGCGAUGACGCAGAUAACAUUUCCGCUCUUAUACAUUGCCUAGGAACACUCGGCUCAAAUGGGCUUAUUGGGGUUCGAAUCUUCGUCACGAGCAGACCUGGAAAGGUGCUUCAGGAUGCAUUUGACGAUACCUUCUCUGGUGAAAUAUCACGAGGUCUCAUAACUCACGACAUUGACCAGUCAAUCAUUAAUGAUGAUUUGACUAUAUUCUACAGAACCAAACUACCUUACGUCACGAAGCAGCACUUUCAGUCAGAUGUUAAUAUUCGCCUCUUUAUUGAACAGUCACAAGGUCUUUUCAUUCAUGCUGCUACCGUUUGUCGAUUUGUCGAGGAUGGUGCUGGUGCUCCCACGCAGCGAAUCGCCAUGUUGUUAGAGCAACCAGUCAAGCCGCUCAAAUCAGAUUUGCAACUGGACAAGAUGUAUGCGACUGUGUUACAGCACUCUUUCCUCAACUCCGAUGAAGUAAAAGAGGCUGCUCAGAUAAGGGAACUAUUCAAGCGCAUUGUCGGUUCUAUCAUGGUUCUCUUUGACUCUCUUUCGGCUUGUGAUCUUUCGAAACUGAUCGACCAACCUACUGGAAAGAUAUUGAGCUUGUUGGGAUGCCUUAAUUCUGUGGUCGACGUUUCAAGUGGCGAGGGAAACGUCAUUAGGCUUCUUCAUCCAUCGUUCCGCGACUUUGUGCUUGACCCCAUGAGAUGUCUUGAUAGUUCAUUCUUUGUUGAUGCCCCACAAGCACACGGAGAGCUCCUCGGAUCUUGUCUGCGGGUCAUGUCUACCCACUUACACCGCAAUAUGGGGAACCUCACAUCACCAGGUGACAGAAGCUACGAUGUACCUGAGUCCGUUAUAGACCAACGGAUUCCAAAUCACGUCCAAUAUGCAUGUCGCUACUGGGUUCACCAUCUACAGCGAAGCUCUCUCAACCCUCGUGACUUUCCUGGGAUCACAGAGUUCUUCAAAUCCCAAUUUCUGUUCUGGCUUGAAACUCUCGCCUUGCUUGGCCAACUUUCUGAUGGUAUUUCCAUGAUCGCAGUGCUUCAAAAGUUGCUUGAUCCCCAAAUAUCCCUCUCUCUCUCCCAGGACGCUUAG